GAAUUGUCAGAUGUUCAAUGGUUCUGGAAAGUGAAAUCCUUCACUCCAUCUUGCUCUAUCUAUUUACUAUAUUCCCAUGGGGUUAGGGUUCUAUUCUACCCCUACUAAUUGUCUCAGAGCUCAGUCUUUCUCUGUCUUAGGAUAUCUUAUUUAUCUCCAGACCUCUUUUUUGCCUACACCACAAUUCUGCCUCAGCAGUCCCAAGACAUCCCAUCUGUUCCAAGACAACUCCUUGUUUGUUCCAAAACACCCCUGUCUGCUCCAUGACCUUUCCCUGUCUGCUUUGAUGCAUUCCUAUCUGCUCAAGACUCCUCCCUGUCUACCUGAGAUACCGCAGCGUGUUCCAGGAUUUUCUGCCAAAUGACCUGUUCUCUGGCUUCCAGCUUCCCUAAGCCCUGACUGUGGAUUGACACUAUUCCACAAAUCAAGUUGUGCGGAAAUGAAUGUGGGGGAAAGAGUUUGCAUUUUAGGGACUAAGUGUACGAGUUUCUAUUCAGUCUUAUUCCACUUCUGAUCACCCCUGCAGGUCGAGGCCUGUUCCAAACAUUGCAGUUCAGAAUACGGGCAAUGUCUACUGCUAUGCCCUCGUACAAUUUUGAGACUCUGCAUGUCUCGCAAGCAAGAGACAGUGUGCUGCAUGUGGAAUUGAACAGACCCAAGAAGAGGAACGCAAUGAACGACAUGCUUUGGAGAGAGAUGGUGGAAUGCUUUAAAAGAAUCGCCCAUGACACUGACCACAGAGUUGUUGUUGUAUCAGGAGCUGGAAAAAUGUUUACUGCAGGAAUUGAUCUGAUGGACAUGGCUGGAGACGUAUUGCAGCCUCCAGGAGAUGAUACAGCAAGGAAGGCCUGGCACAUGAGGAACAAGAUUCUUCAAUAUCAGGAGAGCUUUAACGUGAUAGAAAAGUGUCCUAAGCCAGUCAUUGCAGCAGUCCAUAAUGCGUGCAUUGGAGGAGGUGUAGAUUUGAUUACUGCCUGUGACAUUCGGUUAUGCUCUCAGGAUGCCUAUUUCCAGGUGAAGGAAGUAGAUAUUGGAAUGGCAGCUGAUGUAGGCACUUUGCAGCGACUGCCCAAAGUUAUAGGAAAUGCCAGUCUGGUGAGCGAACUGGUUUAUACAGCGAGGCAGUUGAUGGCGGAUGAAGCACUGAGCUGUGGUCUGGUGAGCCGAGUCUUUGAAGACAAAGAAGCCAUGUUGGAAGGUGCCUUCGAGAUGGCAUCCGAAAUAGCUAGCAAGAGCCCAUUGGCAGUGCAAGGAACGAAGCUGAACCUGAUUUACUCUAGAGACCACUCUGUUAAGGAUGGUUUGAACUAUAUUGCCACAUGGAACAUGUCAAUGCUACAAACAGAUGACCUUAUAAAGUCAGCCCAGGCUGCAAUGGAGAAGAAGUCCCCCAAAGACGUGCCUUACUCCAAAUUGUGAUGGAAAAGUUUCAACAUAUCUGUUCUCAACUUGCACAAGUAAUUCCUCUAAUUCUGAUUUUGAAAACAAAUAAACUUACAGAACAUUGCCUACUAAAAAAUUAUUUACAAUGCAGCUGCUAUCGGAUCAUUCUUACAUCCUGUGAUUUUAUUUGCCAUUGUUUUCGGCUUUUUGGUUUGUAAAUCCUUCAGUAAUCAUGGUAAUCGUUACAGGGAGAUUGAGGCAUAGUGGUAAUGUCACUGACUAGAAAUCCAGGGAACAUGGAAUCAAAUCUUACAACAGCAGCAGGAAUGGAAUUCAAAUUCAAUUAAUAAAAUUUGGAAUUAAAAAGUCA